AUGGGACCGGCAGAGACCGCCUCUUCGCCUCCGUUUUCUGUCCUGGAACCGAUCGUGGUCGACGAUCAGAUGGAAAACCCCUAUCAAGACUCAAACCUAGAUUUCCUGGAUUCCGCCAGGCUGCAGAUGUCGUCCGAGAACGCUGGUCGGGAUUUUGACGAUCUUUUUGCCCAUUCGACUUCCUCUCGCACCGUCACGGAAUCCGGUUCGGUGUGCUUAUCGCCGUCGGAGCUGUCAGUCAAGAGGCCGUAUCAGGAACAGGAUGUGCUGAGACAACCUAAUCUCGUGAAAUCUGACUCUCCCGCCGAGUCUCCGGAAGCCUCCAGCCGUAGUUCGUCGUCAGAGUCGCCGCGCAAUCACAAUCGAAACCCGUCGGUCGCGUCGUCCACUUCCGCUGUCCAUAGCGAAAACACCAUGAUGCCAUUCGGAUACACCUCAGAAGAUUGGAUCAAUCCAGAUCUCGCGACAGUGAAAGAGGAAAUGAUGUUCGGAUUCGAUCCAUCGUUACCCAGCAUGGAGACCGACACGCCGUUCACCGCCGAGACCGAUCUGGAAUCAAGUAACAAGGCGAUGGAUGCUGCUUUCGAUUUUGAAAGUGCUGCGAGUAGCCCGAGUCCCUUGCGAACUGGCACCACCCCACAGCCGAUGCCACAGAAAAUGGCCGACUCCCAGUUUCGGAGUGCAUCCAACUCCGCAGCUAAACACUCUACCUCUCCGCAGAUGCCUAAAAAUGGAUCUCCUUAUUUUACAAACGUCAAAGAGUCAUCGCCCUUCGCGAUGUCACGAGGAGUGGGUAGCCAGGGAAGGUCCACCAACCACUGGGCAGGGAAAUCCCCUUCAUCGCUCCUGGAAGAGAGUUUCGGGGGCAUCGAUAUGAACGGAGGUUCUCCAUUGAACUCGACUUACAACUUCGGAGUCAACGGUGUUCCCUUCGGUCUGAACUUUGCGCCCUCUCCCCAAAGCAACAUCAAGGCCGAAUCCCCCCAGCGCCACGUUCUUACGGUACACCCGACAUCCCUCAAAUCGCGUGUGGAGACGCAGAUCCCCAUCCGGUUGACGCUAUACCCUCUACCAGCGGGUGUGAGAAAAGUACGCCUGCCGAGUCAUACCAUUUCGAAGCCGAAAUUUCUUGCGCCCCCCUCGGCCGAGCGAGCCCCCGAUACGGUUGAGCUGCAUACGAGCCUCGUGUGCACCAGUGCGAUGCAAGACCAGACAAAGUUAAAGAAGGCCUUCGCACGGGCGAGAGGGGACCUCCAUCCGACUGAGACUUCGCAAGACGAUGACAAACCUUCCGAGGGUGGUGAAGUGAAGAUCUGUGCCGGCUGCAUACAACGUGAGCGGAAGCGGGCUUUUCGCAAGAAGCAGAGGAAACCAGAGGAGGACGAAUUGUUCCAGAAGGAUGAAGAGAAGCGGGUGAUCGUCUUCAACACGAAUGAGAUCAAGGAAUGGGCUGAGCCGUCGAAAAAUGCCGUGCCGGGCUAUGGCGAUGUGUCCAUUCCUAAUAUUCCCGCUGGGGCAAUGCAAGUUGAACUGCCUAUGCGGAUUGCCUGCUACUGCAGACACCAGAACGAGAAGCUGGGAUUUCAGGUUAUCUUUACUGUCAAGGACUACCAGGACAAUGUGAUCGCGCAGGCCAUCACAAACUCGAUCAUGAUCACAGAUGACCACAAAACUCACGCCCCGCCGGCACCUCCAGCACCAGGUCCAUCUCCUUCAUUACCCGAUGGGACGCAGUUGCCCGGCGUUGGCGUGUUCCCGUCCGCUGUGAACUCGGACACGAAUAAGAGCUCACAGUCGCCGUCCGCCACGGACCUCCAAGGACUCCAGCAAAGAUUCAAUUCUCAGUAUCAAAUGACUUCACCGUCUUUCUCUGUGAACCAGAAUUCCGCAAACGGCGUUCCAUCUUCCAGCUCUCAAACCCCGCGAAGCCUCUCACGACAAGCGUCUCCAAAUGACUUCCAGGGCCCCAUGAGCAAGAGACGCAAGCAUAGCAAUUCGGGCAGACUUCCGUCGGAGCUGACAAUGACUAAACUUGAAAGCUCUCAAUCAUCAGGAGGGCUUUCGAAUUCCCUCGGCAACGAUUCUCCAUUUUCUGCCCCUCGGGGAUUCGCAUCUCCCGUUGAGAGACCGUUCGUGACAGCCAACGCACUGUCGAACCAGUUCACCAAUGGACCCCCGACUCCCAAUAGCGGAGACAAUAACCCAUUCUUCAACCCUACGCCCCAAGCGCAGAGUUUGGAUACUUUCAUCCAGCAGCAGUUGAUGUCCGCACCGGGUUCAGCCCAGCCAAGUCGUCCUGGCACACCGGGUGGUUCCAGCCGCAAUAACUUUCAAGACCAGAACCUCAAUCUCAGCCUCGGGCCCACUCCAACCACCCCAAUGUGGCCGCCCCUCACGAAUGCAGGAAACCGCCUGCCUUCAGUCAUUCACAAGCUUGUCCCUGCCGAGGGGUCUGUUACCGGCGGAACAGAAGUCACUCUCCUGGGAAGCGGUUUUUACCCUGGCAUGGAAGUGGUUUUCGGGGACACCCUUGCCACCACUACCACUUUCUGGGGUGAUAAGUGUUUGAAUUGCUUGACCCCACCCGCGCUUCAACCGGGACUCGUUGCUGUUGUCUUUAAACAUGAGCAUCCCACGUUUGGGCAGUUGCAACCUGCCCAGCCUCUGAUGCCGAAGCAACAGCAAUUCUUCCGGUAUGUGGAUGACCGGGAGUUGCAAAUGUACCGUCUUGCUCUUGGUAUCCUCGGCCAGAAACUUGGCAGUCAGGCCGAUGCUUUCCAAACGGCCCAGCAAAUCAUGGGCAGUGAUCCCAAGUCCAUCUUCGGCCUUCAGAAAGAUUUCCAGGGCGGCUCCAACGGUGGCCAUCAGCGCCAGGUUCCUGGGUUGGAACAGCAAGGUAAAAUGAGCGAUCUCGACUCGAAGAUGUUGACCUACCUCGAGUUUAUCGACCUCGACGACAAUCCGCGUCCUCCGAAGUAUAAUUCUCGAUCCGCAACGGGUCAGACGCUACUCCACUUUGCCUCGUCUCUGGGAUUAACCCGCUUCGUUGCCGGUCUCCUCGCUAGAGGGGCAAACCCUGAUGUGCAAGAUAAUACUGGCAAUACUCCGAUGCACCUGGCUGCUCUGAAUGGCCACGCGCACAUCGUUCACAGGCUACGCCUUGCCGGAGCUAAUGUGAACGCCCGGAGUAUCCGCGGAUUUACGCCCGCCGACUUGGCAACAACCUUGCCUGCACACCAGGCCGCCUUGAUACCUGCACGCCAUUAUCGGUCACGCAGUGUUGGCUCUUUGACAUCGUCCCGACGCCGACACAGCAGCUCUGCUUCCCUUCAUUCACUCUGGGAGUCAUCGUCCGGCUCAUUUGACAACGCCAUUGAUGAUUCGAGCGAGGAUGAGGACGACGAGGAUGAACUGGUUUUCACCGUCUCUCGCAGGUCUAGCAUUCAUCAGGAUGCUGCAGCUGCUCUUCCAGCUGCUGAAUCAUCUGCACCGGGCGAUGCACGGGCAUUCUCGCCACCAGCUGCUCUUGUUGCUUGGCGUAACCAGCUCCAAGCUCAAAUCAACCAGUUCCAGCAAAGCGUCGCUAACGCCUUCCCGAACCUUCCUGCGUUGCCGCCAAUGCCAGCUUUGCCCGACUACCAAGCACACCCGAUGAUGCGUCGCAUCACGAACCUAGUUCCUCAUCGGCCGACAACGUCAUGGUCUGCCAAGGAGGGUUGGUGGGAUAUGUUGACAGGAAACUCCGCUCCCAACACUACGGAGUUGCCCUCAUAUGAAGAGCUCUACCCGCGUGGGGAAGGCGGAGAUGAGGAAGAGGCAGCACGCAUGAAGAAAUCAAGCACGUUGCAAGCGGCCACGGAUGCCAUGUUGGAUCAGCAUUUCGAGGCCCAGGCUAGCUCCCAAGCUGGCUCGUCUCGGACCGCACCUCCUAAGCAAGAGAAGGAAGACCUCAGGGACAUUCGGAUUGGUCGUAAAGUGAUCUCCCGGGAACAGCAGAAGCAUCUUCGGGAGCAGCAGGCCCGGCGGAUGAAGGGACUGGCUAGCGACCGGAACCUGUACUUCAUCUGGAUUCCUCUUCUCCUUCUGGUCAUCUGUGCGUGGAUUCGAAGCUAUGCUCCUGGUAUCUGGCAAGGAUUCUCAAAAGGCUACGAAUUCGCCAAGGCCCGUUAUGCGCAGCGCGCAAUAGCUACAGGGGCUUGA